CUCUACUCACGGCAAAACAAAUGUUUUCUCUAUCGUGAGGUUUUCUUCGCUCCCCACACCCACCAGAAGAUUCCCCCAACAAUGGCGGAGGACGGCCUCAACGACUACGAGCGCCUUCGCCAGGAGAACAUCCGCCGCAACCAGGAAAAGCUCGCCCCCCUCCGCCGCAAGGCCGACGAGCUCUCCGCCGCCAUCCGGCUCGCUAAACCUAAGCGGCCGUAUCAGGCCAAGCCCAAGCCCAAGGCCCCGACCGGCCCCGUCCGCUCCUCCGGCCGCGCCCGCGGCGUCGCUCCCGACAACCUCCCCCCGGAUCUCAGAAGCACCCGCCUCUCGCCCUCGCUCGCCUCCUCCAUCCUCGGGGCUCCCCCGCCGGAGGGGGCCAAGGUUCGUGCGGCGGGCGAUUUCGAUGCUGGGAGGGACAUGGUGCUGAUGCCCGCGCACGCGAGGAAGGUAAUGCCCUGUUGCAUAGUGUCGAUGCGGGUCCUUCCGCUCGCCGACCGGACCGUGGUGGCGGCGGGCGACAAAAUGGGGAAUAUUGGGUACUGGGAAGCCGACGGUGUCUCGGAGGAUGCCGGCGGUGCAGAUGGGGUGUUCCGUUAUUGGCCACACAAGGGCCCUGUGUUAGCAAUCGUGGCGCACCAGGCGGCACCACACAAGGUUUACAGCUCUAGCCAUCAGGGUGAUAUUUGUCUUAUGGACUUUGAGGAGGAAAAGUACAGUAUCAUCCAUUUAUGGGAGUGGCCUGUUUAUUCGCUUUGUCAAGCGCAGAAUAGUGUCGGAUGCCUAUAUUUUGGUGAUGGAAAAGGUGGCCUGACACUUUCCGAUGAGCGCGUGGGUAAGGUGUUAACUACAUGGGAUGUGCAUGAGGAGAGAAUCAACUCAAUAGAUUUUCAUCCGGAGAAGCCACAUAUGCUUGCUACCAGUUCAACGGAUCGAACAGCCUGUAUAUGGGAUGUGAGAAAUAUAAAAACGAAGGAGCCAGAUAGCCUGAAGGUUUUCAAACUCAACAAAUCUGCUCAGUCAGCUUAUUUCUCACCUAGUGGCCGCAUGUUAGCAGUAACAAGCUCUAGCAUUUGUGGUACUGUCCAAGUAUUUAGCAUGGAUGACUUUGAAAAGUCGCAUAUUGUGGAGUAUAAUAACCAGAAAGGCAGUUGGCCUUCUAAAUCCAAGGUUAUCUGGGGCUGGAACGACACCGACCUAUAUGCUGGAAACAGGAGCAAGGGAAUAGACAUUAUCUCAGUUGAUGUCAAUGACAGUGGCCUCUCGGCUCAGAACAGCUCAUGUCUUAGGAGUGAACACAUGACAUGCAUUCCACACCAGUUUUCUGCACACCCAUAUAAAGCUGGCUAUCUUGCCUGUUCAAGCUCCAGCAGCAACGUGUUCCUUUGGACCAGCACUUAAAUCAAAAAGAUUUCUAGUAGUAGCUGACUUGUGAACUGUUCCUGGCUUUGUUAUUACUAAGUCAUGCUUGGAAGAUUAUCUGUAUUUUUGGUAGUUGUAACACCUAAUCUUCCUUGACAUCCUGCCCAAGAAAUGUAUAAAUUUAGUACUAAGUAUCAUUCUACCAUUUGAUAUUUAAGAUGGUGGACCUGCUGAGUGUUGUGCUACGAGGAAUAGAAUCUUGUGAUGCCGAUAUAAAACCAUAUUCAGUGUUGUCACAGUA